UUAAGCAAACCUAAGAGGUAGGGGACUAGGGGUGUAUAAUGUAUAUAACGGGGACGAUUAUUGAUCCUGCGUAAACCCAAACCCUUAACGCCUUCUUAGAACAGUUUAGAGAGAGAGAGAGAUGGGUAGAGCAGCGAAAGAGCGUCUGAAUCGAGCUUUGAGUGAACAUCUGAAUACCAUCCAUGAAACCUUUCAGGUGCUGGAUCAAACACCUGCUUCAUCUCUUACUAAAGUCAGCUGGAAUGAGGUUAUUCAAUUGGGAGAACAACUUUCCAAACAAGCUACUACAGUUGGAAUGCUUUGGACAGGAGAAACGCCAGAAAUUAAGGCACUUGAGGAGAACAUGGCAGCAUAUUUCAAUACGCUACAGGGUUUCCUUUUGCUUUCCCAUGGAAGUAUAGUGGGUGCAGGUCCUACACUUUCUUCUUGCAUCCAUGCAUCUGUGAAGCAAGUUGUUGAUUGCAGUUUUAUGCUAUUUAAAGAGUGCGUCGCUUCUUAUGGAUCUCGGAUUAAAGACGGCAAAUUAUCUAUACCGCAGUUAGUAGGCACGAUCUGGGAUGCUUGUUCUGCUCUUAAGAAGACUCCGGCCACAAAUAUCACGGCAAUAGGUCGUGCAAUGACACAAGUUGCAGUGUCCAUGAAGGACGUUCUUCGUGAAAUGAAGGAGCUCAAGCCAGCUUCUGAUCCAGCAGAUGAAACUUGUUACCAGGCUUCUGUUAAAGCUGAAAAAAGUCCCCAUGACAGUGAUGAUUCAUGUGAAGAAGACGAUCUAGGCAAUGACCUGUCACCUGAAGAGAUGAAAAUUGCUCAAUUGGCUAUGGUGGUGGUGUCUGAAAUGCUUGUGCUCAUAAAGGAACUUAUCCGCUCCAUCACGGGUUUGCUUAAACAGGAAAAUCUAGAUAAUAGUAGUGAUUCCGUGAAUGCUCUAGAGAGAUUGUUGAAGCUCUGUCAAGAAAUUGGAGAACAGGUCGAUGAGCUUGGAGCUUGUCUUUACCCCCCACAAGAAGCUCCUGUUAUGAAGGCUGCUUCAGAAAAGAUAUCCAGCAUUGUUGAUGAAAUGCAGGUAGAUGUAGAAAAUCUAAAUGGCUCUUCGGAAGCUUUCUUUCAAGCAUGCAUUGCUCUAAUGAAUUCAUUAGAACAAUUCAAAACUGAAGUAGAAAGCUCCAGUCCUGCUGAUGAUCUGAUACCCAAAAUACAAAACCUUGAUGUCAACAAUUAGCGCUUGUAAUGUUCCCAACUAAUUCAGUAUCGCAACCUGAAGUUGCUGAAUUGAUUGCAUAGUUUUGGCAUGAGGAUUUUUUUUUUUUUUUUUGUGAACCAUUGUUAAUGACAAAUAUUCCAUCUUUUAGUUCAGUAAUGUUGCUAAAUGGUACCUUUUGAAGAACUAA